AUGUGUGCUCGGCGGUUCCCCCGGCAAGUGAAGCGAUGGCUGGAGGUGCCCAACAACAUUGUGCAGCUCCUUCCAUUCGGCCAUGUUAUAGUGGUAGUGGACGUGAAAAGUUCUUUGUACGUCUUGGAUAUCGAGAGCGGUGAGCAGUUGCUUCAGCUCGAUUCACCGGCACUGUUCGAUUUCUCGGCGAUAACGCAUCCAGCUACUUAUCUGAACAAAGUUUUGCUCGGAUCAAAACAAGGUACAAUGCGACUUGUAAAUGUAAAAACGGGGAAGCUGAUCCAUGAAUUCGAGAAAUCGUUCGGUUCCGAAAUUGCGGUACUCGAACAGUCACCGGCUAUUGAUGUAAUUGCUGUUGGCUUGAAAAAUGGUCGGAUUUUGUUGCAUAAUAUUAAAUACGAUGAAACGAUACAGCAAUAUAAGCAAGAUGGAGCAGUAACAUCCAUCUCAUUC